AGGGCGGAUGCGGGGACGAAGAGGGCGGGCGGAGGAGGGAAAACGAUAUCGAAGCCAAAGUCGCGAACGGGUUUGAGCGGCGUUAAAUGGACUUUGGCUUUUGUCCGUCCGGCUCCUAACCCUGAAAGAGUCACAUGAUCUGGUACACACGCGCACAUGCGCAGUUAUGCUGCUUACUCCUCAUCCCAAUUGAUUGGCCGUUAGAGCUCCGGAGUACUUCGAGACAGAGCGCGAUAGUCGAGCAAAGUACUCGGUUGAAGCCUGCAAAUCUCCCACACAGCAUCUCUCCACCAUGGCCAGCAAGUACGCGUUUCCUAAGGCUCUGAAGGAGCUCAGAUUCCACCUCUGCCAGACCGGCGAGGCCAGCACUCCUCUGCGGUCGUUUUUGACCAAGGCGUACCCUGUCAUGAAGAAGCACAACCCAUACACUCCCAUCCUGAUCCGGGAAGCUGCCGGCGUCCCACCACAGCUCAUUGCUCGGUAUGAAUUUGGAAAGGAGGUCAAGCUGCCGCUCGAUGGUGUCUCCGCUGCUCAGUUGGAGAAGACCGUCCAGAGCUUCGUCCUGACACCGCAAUAAGCCAACAAACUUCAUAUCUGGCAUCUGGCAUUAGAAGAGUGAGGGAAGGGAAACUCGGUUAUCACACGACAGGUUUAUCAAAUUACAAUAGAAAAAAAUACACAAACAAUCAUACUACGGAAGUGUUUGAGAGGUCGAUUCUACUAAGGAUAUGGCGGCGGAGGAUAACGAUAUUCUCAUUGUAGCUGUGAGCUAUGAGGAUUUGAUUGCAAAGGUUCAUUUCUUUGUUCAU